GGUUUUGUUCAUUAUAGUACCAGUAUAAUACAAAUUAUUUAAAUAUGGGGCGAAUGGGUCAAAUUAAAUGGGAGAAAGCUCAACGAUGUGCUCCAGUACAUAAUAUUAUUUCUUCCGAUUUCCCCAGAUAUAAUCCUCAACCCUGGAAAUUUAUGGAGGGUAAAUCGCGCAUAGGAUGGCUGCUCUCAUACGAAUACCAAAGAAUGUGGAUUGCCGAAAGAGACCUCUGGAAGAAACGAAUGUAUCCUGAGAACAUCGCUGUUAACGUCGACAUAGUAAAAAGUUAUGUCUUGAGCUUCAAGAAUGCCCAGCAGCCCCCAAAACCUGAGAAAAAGAAAAUGUUUAAAAUGAAAAAGUUUGAAGGUAUCGGCAGUAAAACUACAUCUAAACGCCCCAAAGAUGACAAAGCGAUGAACUACGAGAAAGAUCCGAAGAAUAAGAAGCCUGAGAAAAAAGAAGAGGCCUGAACAUUUGAUUAAAUUUUGGCUAAUUUCUGAGCGGUAUUUUAACUACGAUUUGUUAAUCUAGUGAAAGCUGUUAAUAAAGUCCAUUGUGUGAAAACUAGUGAAACCAUUUUCAUAUAACAACUGUUUAAUUUUUAUUAAUUAUUUUUAUACGAUUUUUUCGGAUAUUUUAUAUAUUAUUUUAAGUUUUCUAUCAUUAAAACCUUCAAACUGUA